AUGAAGAUCAAGGUGGAAAUCCUUCUGCUGCCCCUUCUCUUAUGUCAAGCACUAUUAAAUGCGUAUGCUCAAGAGGAUGAGGUGUUGGAGCAGUGGAAAGGCAAUUCUUGCCAAUGUGAUUGUCAAGGGGAGCCCAGCUCGAUCUGGUCGAGCAAAACCACAAUGAUGGAAUGCAUGCCAGAGUGCCCAUAUCACCGACCGCUGGGCUUUGAAUCUGGAGCCGUCACACCAGACCAGAUCAGCUGCGCCAGUGAGGAUCAGUACACCGGGUGGUAUUCCUCUUGGACGUCCAACAAGGCGAGACUCAACGGGCAGGGCUUCGGGUGCGCUUGGCUGUCCAUGUUCCAGGACAGUAACCAGUGGCUGCAGAUUGACCUGAAGGAAGUGAAGGUGAUAUCAGGCAUUAUCAGCCAGGGUCGCUGCGACGCUGACGAGUGGAUAACCAAGUACAGUGUCCAGUACCGCACUGACGAGAACCUCAACUGGGUCUAUUACAAAGAUCAGACUGGAAACAACAGGGUGUUCUAUGGGAACUCUGACAGGACUUCUUCAGUACAGAACCUCCUUCGGCCCCCUGUCGUCUCCCGGUACAUCAGGUUGCUGCCGCUGGGCUGGCACACACGCAUCGCAUUGAGAAUGGAGCUGCUGGAGUGCAUGAACAAGUGCGUCUGAGCCUGAACCACAGGCCUAGACUACACUUGUGCGAGUUCACCUUCAACAAAGUGGAACACAAAAACAAACAAAAAAAUCCUAACAGGCUUCAAACAAGUUUUAUAAUUGAACAUUUCAAACAAGGCCAUGUUUGCUUAUUCUAAAGGGCUAAAUGUGUUAUUUGGUACUCAUUGGAAUACAGCACUCUUCACAUACUGCAAAUUAUACAAUUUAUUAUUAUUAUUAUUAUUGUAUUUUCAAUAGACCCCUCACCCCCAAAAAACAUUACAAUUGCCUUGUGUUCAAAGACUUUUAUUUGUCUUCCACUUUGGUAAGGGAAAGCUAGCAGUUAAAAGAUUAAAAGGUGAUUAUUAUGCAAACUAUAAUUGGUGCAAUUGGUUUGGUUUACUGUAUUCUGUACUGUAAUAGAAGGGCCAUCAAAUAGCCACUGUUAUCCAGUGUGCGUUGCAGUGUUUUUUUCUAAUCCUCAGCAAGGCCAUGUCUUCAGGUUAUCUGAUGUUAAGAAUGAUCCCGUGUACAGUAUUUAAAAAAGUCAUGAUGGUUCAAUAAACAUUUAACUACUCUUGUACUUGACUUGAACUUAAUUUCAUUCAUUGUAAACCAAUGUUUGCAUCUUUAAAGGGAACCAACAGAGUUGCUAUUAAGAUCCAACCACUAUUAACUUUGUACUCUUAUUAGAUUCCGGAAAAUACAAAUAAAAUAAAAAUGUCAGGCUGCUUUCACUGUACUGAAGUGUAUUCUUCUAGAUGACAUCAUUACAAUAAUGUUAUACUGUUGUAAAGUGGCAUGCUUUGACAAAUAUAUACAAGGGUUUAAAGUUGCAGUUUUUACUGUAGUACACCAGGGGGGCACAUUUUGUUUUAAUAAUUGGUAGUCCAUGCAGUCUGCAUUCCUGUCAUUCUUGUACAACUACGACAUGUUAUUUUACUGUGAUACGGAGUUAAAAAAUGACUUGGUGUUUUAGUGUAUUGUUUUCUUUGUAAACUUAAUUUUUGUCAUCUCAGUAAGUUAUAAGCUAUAGGGAGGUUACAAGGAGGUAAGCUGGCUAUCUUUGUUGUGUGUGAAUCAAGAGAAACUAUUUUAGACCUGCAGUGAGAAACAAACUCUAUUCAGAUUAAUAAUAAUAAUAAUAAUAAUAAUAAUAAUAAAAACACUGAAUACAGCUGCAACCUUAUAGUGCAAAACCUGCGUUUAAUAAAGACACGUUUUGCAAUGUCCAUUCAAAAAUACAUUGUGCUUAGUAAAAAUGAACAAUUUCCAUGCCAACCACUGGUUAAAUAAACAUGGUGAUUAUUAUUAUUCUAUACAGUGACAAUAUAAAUGUACAUAACCCAAUAAAUGAAAACAUGCCAGGUACACUGUACAAAUAAAGGAAAAGAAAAAAGAAGAAAAAGAAAACCACAUGAUACACAUGGACUUUAUAAACACUUUACAAAUGUGUUCUGCUUUGUAUCAGUUCUGGAACACAAAGUCAGGUUUUGAUGAACCAGCAGUGUGGCUGACACAUUACAUUCAGCGCUACAGAGAAACGGGAGACCUCACAAGCACUUGACUUGGAACACUACAACCUCUGGAUUCUCCUGGAUCUCUAUUUUUUUUGUGUGCAUAUUCGCAGUUGUGAAAAUAAAGUAAGUUAAAAACAAUAAGAACAAAACAGUAAUUUUUUUAAAUAUAAAACACACCGUAUAAUGCGCUUGACUGAGCAUUCACAGGUUAUAUCUUGUCUAAAGUGCACCUCCUGUAUGCUACCCUAUCACAAACACCAUCUUAUACUGCAGCAGUCUGCACGUACAGGAACACCUUACUAAGUGAACACCGGCUAAAAGAACACCAUUGUGGCGAAACUGAACUUUCCCAUUGUAAGCGCUCCGCCUAAAAGAACAUGAAUUUUGCUUAAAAGAACACCUUUUUGAAACCGAUAUUCGUUCACAACUGAUACAGUAAUGUUUUCUAACCUGAUAACUCAUCAAUCAUGCAAACUUAAAUUCAAAUGGUUUAUUCAAUAUUUUCUAAACUGACUUGUCAUCAUGAGUGUCUGAGGCACACCGAUUGGUUUAUUCAAUCUUUCCAGAACUGCCGUCAUUAUAAUCUUUGCCUCGUUUUGUAUUCUGAUUUCCACGAGUUCACCUCGUCGCUACAAAAUGGCAUGUAAACAAACGGCAAAAUGCACCGCUGUUUCUCUAUCUACAAAAGCUGGAAAUUGUUUUCAUAAUCCAUAACUGCUGCUGUAUUUUUUUUUUUACGUGUGGUGCUGCGUUAAUUUAAUUAUUAUCGUUACUUUAUUAUUAUCGUUU